UCCGAUAUUUUUCCAAAGACUACGCAAAAGAACAGACCAGCGGUCAGCCAGAAAAAGAAACCGUUCACUUUACUUUUUCAAAGCCAGUCUUUCUCGAUUCAUCAGCACCCCUUCUCUCUCUCCAUCUCCAUCUCCAAGCUUCGAGAUCGAACCGUAAUUUCUCAGUAUUCUUUUCCUGUAAUCUCCACACUAUUCGAUUCUCGUAAGCUCGACACGUGGAUCAUCCUCCGCUUUUACUUAAGUUUCCUCAAGUAAAAGCUACUAGCUCUUGGAUCCGCUUACGCUCUCAGAUCAACUUUAUUUACGGUUACCAAAGUUGAUUCACUUCUCCGAGCUCCGAUCUACUCUCCCGGUGAAGAAAUAUAGAUCGAAUCAACUUGAAAUACUAAAGCGUGCUAGAAUCUGUUUUUUUUUUUUUUUUUUGCGGAUGAAAGUAAUCAAGCUGCUUCGUAGACUUCUUGAUUAGAGAUGAGAUCCUCGUUUCCACAAGUAAAUUAGUUAAGAUCAGCAAAUAGGUUGUUUUAGAUUGAUACUAGGCAAUCGAUAUAGUCUCUUUUAUAGUGUUGAGGAUGCAGACUAGGGUUAUACAGAUGGAAGAUGGAAAAGAGAACGGAAUCUUGGUCAGAUCAGGCAAGUCUAAGCCGUUUCCAGCGAAACUGCUGCUUAUACUAGGCCUUUUCCUUGCGUUUGCUCUCACCGUCUUCGUCAUUAGUGUAUCUACCAUCAAGUAUACUGGACUACAAAGCGUAGUCACCACAGUCACUUCAGGCUUCGUGACAUGCCGCGAAGAAGACGAGCCGAGCAGCUUAAGUAAAUGGAUACAGCCUCCUUCUGUUCUGAUGCAUAACAUGACGGAUGAGGAGCUUCUUUGGCGCGCUUCUUUCUCGCCUCGGAGGAAAGAAUAUCCGUUUAGAAGGGUUCCGAAGAUUGCGUUUAUGUUCUUGACUAAAGGUCCAUUGCCGCUUGCUCUGCUCUGGGAGAGGUUUUUGAAAGGUCACAGGGGGCUUUACUCGGUUUAUGUUCAUCCGCAUCCGUCUUUUACAGCCAAGUUUCCGGCUAGUUCUGUUUUCCACCGGAGGCAGAUACCUAGUCAGGUUGCAGAAUGGGGGAGAAUGACCAUGUGCGAUGCGGAGAAGCGUCUACUCGCCAACGCACUGCUAGAUAUCUCCAACGAAUGGUUUGUUCUCGUCUCGGAGUCAUGCAUACCACUCUACAACUUCACGACAAUCUACAGCUACUUAAGCCGAUCAAAACACAGCUUCAUGGGUGCUUUUGAUGACCCUGGACCGUUCGGCCGCGGCCGCUACAACGAGAACAUGGAGCCUGAAGUUCCCAUCACCAAAUGGCGGAAAGGGUCUCAGUGGUUUGAGAUUAACCGGGAACUCGCAGCUACCAUUGUCAAAGACACAUUGUAUUACCCCAAAUUCAAAGAGUUUUGUAGGCCUGCUUGUUAUGUGGACGAGCAUUACUUCCCUACGAUGUUGACGAUUGAGAAACCAAUGGCGCUGGCUAACCGGAGCUUGACGUGGGUGGAUUGGUCUAGAGGCGGCCCCCACCCGGCUACGUUUGGGCGAUCGGACAUUACGGAGAAGUUCUUUGAGAAGAUCUUUGAUGGAAAGAACUGCGCUUAUAAUGGUCGUAACACUUCCAUGUGUUAUCUCUUUGCGAGGAAGUUUGCUCCAAGUGCUUUGGAGCCUUUGCUUCACAUAGCUCCCAAGAUUAUGGGAUUUUGAGUUAGAGAGGAGUGUCUCUGAACCUCUUGAAAAUCAUAUAGAGAUAACGAAAUGGAUGUGAUAUGGAUUAUGUCCAAGAAAUUACUGCGAUAUUACUAUAUCUUGUUUGUUUUUA